CUGUUUCUUGUUCUUCUUUCAUUUGUUGCUUUUGUUCAUUUCUUCUUUUCUUGCCUAUAAAAUUGAAUUAAUCUGUCGAUUAACUGUUUCUAUUGUUCUAAUCUUGUCUUCUACCAAUCCGAUUCUGUUUCUUUUUGGUGGAUCUUGUUUGUCUCUGCUGUUCGGGGAUUUUCGAGUUUCUUGUUGCUAUCUGUUGCAUGAUUUUUCUUUCUUGGAGUGCUUAAAGAGGAUGGGUAGAGGUCGGGGAAAAGGAAGGAAGUUGACCAUGACGAAUCACGAUGAUGCUGGAAGCGGUGAGGAAGAGAAGAUCCCUGCACAAAAGCGAAGGGGAAGGCCACAGAAGCCAUUGAAGGACGAGAUGGAUGAGGAGGAAGCCGAAAAGAUAGAAGACGAUGACAGCGAGAACGUGAAAGGCUGUGACAUUGUGAGCAAGGAGAUGAAAGGCCCACCUGCAGCAGAGAAUGGGAAAAGGAGGAGAAGAAGCUCACAAGUGAAAGAAAAGCUCGAUCCGGUCAAAGACGAAAAUGGGGACGGAACACGGUCGAGCACUGAUGAAUCAACGAGAUCAAAUGGAUUUCGUCACAACGGAAGCAGGCGAAAAAGCAAGCCCCAUCGAGCUGCUGAAGCGGGCGUGAACUGCAGGUAAAACAACCUUGGAAGAAUUUGGUUUUCUUAGUGAAUGAGGCAUAGUGAUGUUCUUCUAGAUUACGAUAUUUCCUGCCUUUUCUUAUCUCUAAAGAACUGUUGAAUUCAGUAUCAUCCACUGUGCUUGUUUUAUUAUUCUUUCUCUUCACCAUAUGUUCUUAACAUUACAACAGAAUGUUCUAACUAAGAAUGAAGUGGAUCAACAUUCUUUACAAUGAUA